GUCCCAGAGCAGAAAGCAACUGGCCUCUGUGCUAGGAGGACAGGGACAACAAGGCCCACCUGCUGGAAUCCUGAUCCGCCAUGGGCUACUCCAAGGAUUUAAACACAUGCGUGGAUAAGAUCCUAUGCAAUCAUCCCCAAACUGAGCAGGUCAAGACAGUCCUAACAGAGCUCCAGGCCAGCAUCAACAAGACCUUGCUGGACGUGAUUGGUUCUCAAUAUCAGAGAAACAACCCGGACCUUACUCCUGUGCCUCCUGAUGUGUGGCAGGGAUUACGCUGCAGAGUCCAGGGUCACUCUGACCCCUUUCUGGAAGAUGAUGGUCCAGGGGUCUUGGACCCUGAGGAAAAAGAUGAUCACUUCGAGAAUCUGAGGGUCUGCCUGAAAUCCGGUGUAGACAAAUUCAUUAAUCGUAUCAAAUCUUCAAGCCCAGCAUGUGAAAAGAUGAUGUCACGGUCAGCAGAGGUGAAGAUUUUUUGUGACAAGGUGCUGAAGUGUUUCCAAGUGAUGCUGGAUAGAGUGAUGAACGUGUGGCAGGAUGCCCUGGCCUGGCUGCUGGAGAAAGUGGCAGCAGGGUUCCGGGCCCUGUACAGAGCGAUGGAGGCUGUCCUGAGCAUUUUGAGGAGUUUCUGCUACUCCGUGACAGAGCUCUUCCCAUUGUCUAUCAAGGCCUAGGGACCCAACCAGGCAGAGUGAGGAGCUGGGCCCACCUAGGAGCUCUUUGAAUACUGAGUCUUGGGAAGGAAUCUUCCAGCAUCAGCUUUGCCCUCCUGCUCACCCAUCCUUGAUAGCCCCUCCCAACUCCUCCUUGUGCCUGCCUCCCCACACCGCCCACGAAGCACUCCCUGCCUGGCUUUGCUUGUGUAGGUGUGA